CUAAAUCCUUCAGAGCAACACAAGCUCUCUAAUUACAAAUGUUCUCAAAGUGAAAAGUUUUUCUUGAUAUAUGUAUCUUGUUUUAUUUGGGGCAGAUACUUUCAGAGAUAUAAUUCUAUGGAGAAGAAUGAAGGUGAGCGCAACUGUUCUUCUCAUUUCAAUAGCAACAUGGGUAUUGCUAGAAGUUUAUCAGUUCAACUUCGUCACUGUUGCUUCAUGGUUUGCUAUCUUCAUUGUUGCUUCACUCUUCCUUUGGGGAAAUGUACUGAGGCUUCUUAGAAAGUAAGUUCUGAAUUAUCCCUUCUUUUAAUAUUGAAAAAGAAAAGAAAAAACAUUAUUUAUUUUUUUAUUAUUAUUUUUUUUUUGGCCUUGUGGCGUUAGAGAGCCACCAAACUUGUCGGAUUUGGAAAUCUAGGAACACACUGCCUUCGAGAUUACAAACACAUGUGAAAAAGUUAUUGAAUAAGUGUUGAGAUGGAUGUUUCAUGUGACUGUUGAGGAGGACUGGUUUGCAUUUGCAAGAACAGUUGCUGGGCUGUUGUUACUUUCCAAUGUUGGAAGCUUCUUUGAUUUGCUAACACUUCUUUACAUAGGUACUAAGAUGGUGAUGACUGUACCUGUGAUAUAUGUGAAGUAUGGGGACCAAAUAAAGAGGUGUGGAGAGAGGGUGAAAGCUCAAUUUAGAAGGAUUUAUGAGAUGUUUGAAGAGAAAAUGAUGAGGAAGAUGAAGAAAAAAAUUUUCAAACAAGAAAAAGAGAAGAAAGUUGAGUAG